CUUUGUCACACAAUACUGGUUUAGCUUUUAGACAAACUGUUCACGGCCAAGAUAUGGAGCACAAUUCCUUUAAAGUUCCCUUUGUUCACUUGCUUUGCCUUCUGCUUUUGUGUCCUCUGGUGUCAUGCCAGCUUAAUUAUAAAUUCUAUGAUUACACAUGUCCUGACCUCACAAAAAUUGUUCGAUCUGGUGUUUGGUCUGCUAUGACAAAUGAUUCUAGGAUGGCAGCUUCUCUGUUGAGGCUUCACUUCCACGAUUGUUUCGUUAAUGGAUGUGAUGGGUCCGUGUUACUUGAUGGAGGAGAGAAAAAUGCAUUUCCUAAUCGAAACUCGGCUAGAGGUUUUGAAGUCAUUGAUGACAUUAAAGCCAAUUUGGAGAGAGCAUGCCCAGCCACAGUUUCUUGUACUGAUAUACUGACUCUUGCGGCAAGAGAGGCAGUUUAUCUUUCUGGAGGCCCAUAUUGGUUUCUACCCUUAGGCCGCCGAGAUGGCCUGACAGCAAGUGAGAGUGAUGCUAAUGAGCAGCUCCCAGGAUUUUCAGAACCUUUAGUGAACAUCACUGCAAAAUUCACCUCAAAGGGUCUUGAACCAAAGGAUGUGGUUGUGCUCUCAGGUGCACAUACUAUUGGAUUUGCUCAGUGCUUCACAUUUAAGUCUAGACUUUUUGACUUUGGAGGCUCUGGUGAACCAGAUCCACUGCUUGAUACAUCACUUCUAACAAGUUUGCAAAGUACGUGCCCAAAUCAAGAUGAUUCUGACUCAAAAUUGGCUCCAUUGGAUUCUUCUAGUUCCAGCAAGUUUGAUAACUUGUAUUACAAGCUUCUUUUGAACAAUUCUGGGCUUCUCCAAUCAGACCAAGCUCUCAUGGGGGAUAAGACAACCGCUUCAUUGGUCCUUAACUAUAGCAAGUUCCCUUAUUUGUUUUCCAAGGAUUUUGGAGCAUCAAUGGUCAAGAUGGCCAACAUUGGUGUCCUUACAGGACAAAAUGGGGAGAUUAGGAAAAAUUGUAGGUUGGUGAACUAGAAGCCUGGUGUUUCCACAAUGUACAUCAGGUUUAUACAAUCCUGUACCUGUAAGAAUUUAAAAUCUAGUUCUGUAACCAAACUGCAAGCAACAUAAAUUUGAUGCAUGACUAUGAGAUGCCUUGAAAAAGUCCUAUAAUGAGCACCAAAAUAAUUUGCAAAUGUCGUCACUACCGCAGUAUGAUAAUCGUUAGCUCUGUGCUGUUUUUAAGCUUU